AUGGGCAAAUUUAAACGACCGUCUAAAGAGCUUAGCGAAAAGAAAGAGCAUCUAUUCGACUGUGGUCAUAAAUUAGCAACUGCAGAUGCACAUCGUCAGCUUGAUGCUCACGAGGACGCCAUUGGUGGAACUUCCGAGAAAUUGGCAGACAAGGAAGAACGUGAGAAUUUGGCAUGUCAAGUUGAAAUACUGAAACAAACCGAGAAGACAGUUGAUCACGGGCCGAUAGCCGACUGUAUUGUUUUUAACGAUGGCCAUGGAUUCAAAGCUUGUAUAGAUACCUCAUAUCGUGGUCGACUUAAUUUAGCGCCUGUGUUGAGUAGUUUCCGAGAAAAUGGUGACUGUGCGAGCCUUUCUGAUAAUGAUAAACUGACGUUUUGUGUAACAGUUCAUGAUAAUGGUAAUUUGUUGGAGAUAUGUGUACCGUCUGGAAGUCACGGUUCACAUGUUGCUAAUAUUGCGGCUGCAUAUUUCGCAGAUGAGCCUGAAAAAUGUGGAUUAGCGCCUGGAGCGCAGUUGGUUUCGCUGUGUAUUGGCGACAGUCGAUUAGCAAGUAUGGAGACCGGGACGGCUCUGACACGAGCGAUCCAACGAUGUACUGAAUUAUCAGUUGAUAUUGUUAAUUAUUCGUAUGGCGAAGCUACGGAUUUCCCCAAUACAGGUCGUAUAAUCUCAGCGUUGGAUCGAAUGGUCAGAAAGCAUGAUAUUAUUUUCAUCUCAUCCGCUGGCAAUAAUGGACCAGCGCUGUCGACGGGUGGAUCACCGGGCUCAACGUCCUCGUCCGCCAUAGGUGUUGGUGCGUAUCUUUCCUCAGAGAUGAUGGAGACCAUGUAUAGUAUGCGGGAAAAAAUACCAGCCACAUUGUAUCCGUGGUCAUCUCGAGGACCAACUGUAGAUGGUGCGUUAGGUGUAUCUAUAUGUGCUCCAGGGGCCGCAAUAACUGGAGUUCCGAAAUUCACUUUGAAGGGAAGUCAGCUAAUGAAUGGAACUUCAAUGAGUGCACCGAAUGCUACAGGGACUGUGGCAUGUCUGCUGAGUGCCCUCCGAGCAACAAAUGUAGCAUGGAGUCCAUUUCUUAUCAGAUUGGCGCUGGAAAAUACUGCAAGGUUCCCACCCGAGCAGUCACAUUUUGCUUUAGGUCAUGGACUGUUGCAGGUCGAAUCAGCGUUCGAGUAUCUGCAAAAACAUUCCGAACAACUCAGCCUUAUGUUGACGCAUUUCGAAAUAGGUGUGAAUGAGUGCAAAGAUCGUGGCAUCUAUUUGCGCGAGUUACACCAAACACGAUCGGCAAACAACUUCUCGAUUUCUGUUGAGCCAAUGUUCAANAAAGAAUCCGACAACGAUGAUAAGAUAGCGUUUGAGAGGCAUUUGCUGUUGACGUGCGAUGCCGCGUAUGUGAGUUGUCCAAAGCAAAUGGAGCUGAUGCAUCAGCAACGACAGUUCGCCAUACGAAUCGAUCCGACUGGAUUAGAGACUUCUGUGGCGCAUUUUACUGAGAUAAAGGCAUUCGACUCUCGAAACCCGUCUCUUGGACCGUUGUUUCGCGUUCCAAUAACAACUAUAGUUCCGUUGACAGUUGAUAGCAGUAAUCAGUUCACGAUAUCUCGAAAAUUGCGGUGUAAACCAGCAGUGCCUGAGCGAUUGUUCAUACAUGUACCGGAUGAUGCCGAUUGGGCAACUUUAAAAGUUCUGUCGUUAGACGAUAAGCAUCAAACGAAGUAUGUGGUUCACUGCGUUCAGCUGCUACCAAAUUUGGCAUAUCGAUCGACUGAAUACUAUAAGACAAUAACACUGGAACCGAACAGCGAACUGCAGCAUGCGAUUAAACUACGAGGCGGACGAACUCUUGAAUUGUGUGUCACCAAAUGGUGGGCAAAUCUGGGUGAAGCGUUGAUUAAUGUCGAGUUGGCAUUUCAUGGUAUAGUUCCGAUACCGAGGACAAUUAAUGUGAUGUCCUCUGAAAUGGCGCAUCGUUUUGAUAUCCGAAAUGGCCGUAUUCGUUAUGAGGACAUUCAACCGGGUAUCACUUUCCGACAUCUCUCGCAACCCGUUCGCGUUUCUGAAGUUAAGUUGCAGCCGUUAGGACCACGCGACUUGUUCGAUAACGGCUCUCAGACGUUCAGAUUGCUGCUCUCUUAUUCGUUUUCAAUAGCGAAAGCAACCGAAGUAUUUUUGGAAUUGCCUGGCCUAACCAACUACCUCUAUGAGAAUUCAUUUGAUGAUGUUCAUGUUAUGUUGUUCACUUCAACGAAACAAUUCGUUGGUAGCAGUUCAUCGUAUCCGAAAAGGUAUCCAUUCAAACUGGAGAAAGGUGAAUAUCGUGCUCGAGUGCAAAUCCGACACGAAGACGAGUCUUUAUUGGACAAAUAUCGUGAUUUGACAAUGAUCGUUAAGAGUAAAUUGAUAACGCCAAUCAAUCUGGAAUGUUACGCAAAUCUUGAAAGUGCCGUAACGGGUGAUGGAAAGAAAUUGAAUGGACGUAUCAUGAAGCCGGGUGAAGUUUUAACCGUAUUCCUGGGACAACUUCCCGAUGACAAGGUUCCGAAGAACGUGACUGCUGGCUGUUAUCUGCAAGGUAUGUUGACAAUACCCAAAUUGGAGUUAGCUCGUAGUGUGGUGCAAUAUCGAGUGGUAUAUACAUUCAAUGAAUGGGGUCGACGACAGCCAAAAGCGUUAUCGUGUGUUACGCUAACGAAAAAGAAAGACGAAACAUCGGCGAAUACGCUACAAGAAAUGAACGAUUCAUUGAGAGACGCACAAAUUGCGUGGUUGUCAAAGCUGAAGAAUCCGUCCGAAGCAGAUGAACUGUUCGAGAAAUUGAUAGCGCAGUAUCCGAAUCAUUUGCCGCUGAUGCAAGCGCAGUUGAAACGGCUUGGCGACAAGAAGAACGAUAGCAAUGAGGAUGCUGGCCCUAAACGUGAACAGCUGAUGAGUUUGGUGGAUGCAGUGUUGAGUGUUACAAAACCGGAUGAAGUGCUCAAAUAUUUGGGCACUAAACAGGAAUGCAACGAGACGGAUAUAGCCAUUAAAGCUGAGAUGGACGGUCGUCGCGCAGCCAUUGUCGAUGCAUUGUUGGCCAAGGCGAAUUGCUUAGCAGACGCUCAUCUGGCAAUAAGUACCGAGGAAAUCCCGAAAUCAUUUCGUAGCGGCUUAAUAUUGCCCAUAGCGAGCGGUAACAAUAGCGCUAAUCAUACGAAGGACACUAAUAAUACUAAUAAUAAAGAGGAUACAAAACAGCCAUCGGAUAUGUCCAAGAAAUCAUCCGUCAGUGACUUUCAAAUUGUUGACGAGAUGAAAGCGAAGGAGAAGGAUGAACCAGUUGUGGGUGAAUUGGUGAGUCUGACAGAAUCGGAGCCACUAGAGAAAUCGGUUGCACCGAUGGUAAAUGCGGCAGCACACGAAACAUCUGUUGACGAUAAUGCAGACAAACAAGUAGUUUCACAAAAUUUGCCGAAGAUAACGCUGAAAGAUUUGGAUAUCGCUUAUUAUGAUGUGAUGAAAUGGCUGGAACCAAGCGAUACAAAGGCGUUGAUAUUGGGUGCUAAACAAGCUGUAGCACAUACUCACUAUGGACGUGCGUUGAAAUUUCUCAGGAAAGCAUCCGAAGAGAAACCGUACAUUAAUUGUUCAGCACUGGAUAUGGCUAUCAUUGAGUUAGUUGAGCAGUUGGGCUGGGUUCAUCUGUCGGCAAUCCUUCGUAAUACAUUCAUCCUGAAAUAUCGCUCACAAUAUCGGCCGUUCUGA